CCGCCGCCCGCCUGGGUCUCGCUCGUACCCUUUAUCCGGCGCCUCGUCGUCACGGGCAUGGACAGCGCAGGCAUCAUGCACGGCUUCUUCGGCGAGGACUGGCGCAAGGGCGUUGGCCCCAUGCACGAGUGCGAGCGCCGCAACUACCUCUUCACGGCCAAAAGCGUCGGCUGGGCCAAGGUAAAGUGCCAGUACGAUAUGUCGCCUCAUGAAUCCGUCCCCUUUCUCAAGCCCCUCCAAGAAGUCCAACUCGCCGAGAUUGAGGGCGCAGAGAAGACGUGGAGUCAGUGGCUCGCCAUGGAGGAUUGGAUGGUUGGUCCGCGGGCCCCAGAUGCGGGUGAUGGCGAUCAGCAUCUAGAGGAUGCGCCGCCCCAGCGCCGCGAGUCGUGA